ACCCAAACCCAAAAUCCCAAAACCAAAAAUUACCCAAAACCCAUUUAACCCAAACCCAAAAAAAAAAAAAGGGAAAUAAACAAAGAAAGAGGGGGUAUCUCGAACCUUCUUCUUCAUCAUCAAUCUUUGGUUUCCUCUCUCCCGAACCUUCCCCAUUUUCGGCAAUCUUCUACUAGAGCCAACAGCCUCCUUCCCUGAGAAGCCGGCAGCGAUAAUCGCCAGCCAUCACCGGCAAUCAUGCACUCUACACCCCCCUUUUGCACGCCCGAGCCCCACUGCCGACAAUCAUACCCCCGGCACACCGCGCCUUACCCCCUGCACCGAGCCUACGCCCCUGCUGCUACAUCGAGCCUGCGCUCUUGCACUAUGCGCCCCAAUCCUGCGCCUCUGCACUCUUGCUCACUACAGCCAUGUCCCUGCCUCACAUACAGAAAAAACAACACAUACCUGACAAAAUCGACAUCAUAAGUGAUUAACGGAGCAAGCCUUUUAUUUAUUUAUUUCAUUUUUAUUUUAUUUUAUUACUUGGGUAUAUAAAUAGAAAAAAAUCAGAUCAAGGGGGGUCUUUUGGUUGAUUUUCGAGUUUGAUUUGGGGGGUUUUCUUUUGGUUUUGAGUGUGUUGUUGACGGUAGAGAAAAGAAGGGAUUUUUCUGUUGAAAGGGGGCUGUGUUUGAGAAAGAAGAUUGAGGAAUUUCAUCUUCGGUUGCCAUUGUUAGGUAUAGUUCUGAACAAAGGAUUUUUGUUAGGAAAAUGGUGAAGGAGAUGGUGGAAGCUUGAUCCCGUGGGUGGGAUCCCUUCCACCAGAUCCAGAUCUGUUUCUCUUUCAAAAAUUCGCUGUGUUUGCCUUUGUUUUGCUGUGGAUGUUUGUUUUCUUUAGAUCUGAUGUUAAGAUUGUAUGUGUUUCGUUGGAAAAAUGAAUGAAAAAAAAAAUUGUUC